AAUUCAAACCCAGAAUAGAGACAAACCACCGUAAAGCAUGUCCCAUUUAUUCUUUAAUUAACUCAUUAUUAAUUCAAACACAUAAGUCAAACGGAAUCAUAUUAAUUUAAUUAAUACUACUUAAUUCGGUUUGUUACAAAGUUGACAUCCAAUUAAUCAUUUUCUUCUGUUUCCAACUCUCCAUUGUAUUCUCCGAAAUCCACAUUUAGGGUUCGUGGAAAUUCUUCAAUGUCGCUAAGCAGUAGUAGCGAUAGCAGUCGGGUUUCCGGGCCGGACUUUCAUCUUUCCGAUGAAAUACUUUCGGUUAUUCCGAUUGACCCGUAUGACCAAUUGGAUCUUGCUAGGAAGAUUACUUCAAUGGCUAUAGCUUCUAGGGUUACGAAACUGGAGUCGGAAACGGGUCGGCUUCGUCAGAAGGUUCAUGAAAAGGAUCGGGUUAUUGCGGAGCUCCAGGAUAAAGUGUCUCAGCUCGAACAAGCUUGUCAUGAAACUGAAAUGCGGUUGAAAUUCACUUGUGAAGAUAAUAUGAAGCUUUCGAAGGAGAGGGAUUCAUUGGCUAUGACAGCAAAGAAAAUGGGUCGAGAUUUGGCAAAGUUGGAGACUUUUAAACGGCAACUGGUGCAGUCUCUUAGUGAUGAUAAUUCAUCGCAAGCUGAAACUGUUGAUAUUGGCACUUACGACCAAUCUACCCAUAAGGCCUAUUCUGUAAAGGAGGAGGUGAACAGCUAUGGAGUACACCAUUCUUUCGGUGGUUCUAUGGACAGCACAGUAAUUAAUGAUGAUGCCUCAAAGCGAGCUGUGCAAAGAUUUUCCAUGACACCUUACAUAACACCGCGUCUUACUCCAACUGGAACUCCCAAAAUAAUUUCAACUAGUGUAUCUCCUAGAAGAUAUUCUGUUGCUGCAUCUCCUCAGAGGACAUCCGGUGCCAAUUCUCCAACAAACUUUCAAUAUGACGGACGAGGUUCAAUGUCAUCUUAUUUUCCAUCAAGUCAACAGUCAUCAGCAGCUAACUCUCCUCCAAAGGCACGCCCAUUGCCAGGUCAAACUCCUCGAAUUGAUGGGAAGGAGUUCUUCCGACAAGCUAGGAGUCGUCUAUCCUAUGAGCAGUUCAGUGCAUUUCUGACCAACAUUAAGGAAUUAAAUGCACAAAAGCAAUCUCGUGAGGAAACUUUGAAAAAAGCAGAAGAGAUUUUCGGGACAGAUAACAAAGAUCUUUAUCUGUCGUUCCAAGGUUUGCUUAACCGUAGUGCUCGGUGAAAGCAACAGAGUGAAUCAGUGAACAUGGAUAUGGUCCAACUUGGUACAAGUACUUCAAAGAGAAUCAAAACAAAGAGAUCUUUCCGCUGCGCAAAAGUUCAUAAGGGAUGUAGUUAACAAGGACUGCUGCAGAAUAUGCUCUAGCCGAUGAAUUGAUAUUAAGUUUUCGGUUUUCAAUAUUUCAUGGAUGCUUUCUGUAUAUUAUUGCAUUUUUUUUUAACUCUACAUCAUCAUCCCACACCUAGCUGUGGGAUCAGCAGAUGAUAAUCAAAUUGAUGUUGGUCCAUAGAUUUUUCAAUAGAAAGUCGACUGGCUCCGUUUAGACCCAAAA